AUGAGCUACCUUCCAAGCCGAUCUUUGAGGGCUGUCGGUACUUCACGGCGAUAUGCAUCGGGCCUCGCGGUUUCUCUAGGGGAAGCGUCGUACCAUCAUGCUUCAAGUAGUAUCAAGCUGACCUCAGGCGCCAAAUCUCAAUCGUCUGUAGCAUUGAUGAUGGACAGUUUGCCGUCUCAAAGUUGUAUUGGGAAUCUUUCGGUGGCCUAUUCUUCGAGCUUGAAGCCGUAUGUUCCUCGCGGGUCAUCUCGGAUAAAGAGAAAUAUCAUCAACUUGCUCGAGAAUCGAAAAUAUGAGCAGGUUUUGGACCUACUUCUUCGAUGGACCGAGUCUAGUGUCAAUAAUUCGUGGAAAUCCACUAUUAGUGAACGUGAAAUGGCAUUUUUCAUUGGAGCGAUUGUCAAGUAUCAGUUAUAUGUCAUUGCUGAAGCUGCAGAUGCCAAAGGCAUUCAUCGGGACAUCAAUGUAACCCACCAAAAGUUUGCUGAAGCGAGAAGCUUGAGAGAGAAAAUACGAGGUUUGUACAGCAUUUUGUUGUAUGGAAGCACCGAAGAAUCGCUUUAUGAGCGGCUGAAACGUGCCAAUGUAUACAACUCCGACCAUUAUACCGGUUACCUUCUCACUCAAGCGGACUAUGAAAAUUUAAUUUCUCUCGAGUUGGGAAACCAAAAGCUUGAUUUAGCAUCCAAAUGGUUCCAGAGAUUCCACAGCCAGUUCGAGGAACCACUUACAAAAUACACUUAUGACAUGUGGGUUCUAAAAUUCAAGGUAUAUUGUGGUGGUGCACCAUUUUUGUGGACCAGUCCAAAAACAGAUGUUGGACGUAAUGACAUUAGACGCCGAAGAGGUAUUUUUCGGGCCGAAAAACCAUGGAUUGAAGUCUUUGAUGAAUACCUAAGAACCAUUCUGCGCACAACCAAUUCCCAGCCUGUCCUCGAUAACAAGAUGAACGAGGUUUUAAUCUCAUGCAUGGGCUAUAAUGGCAGCUUGAGCUAUUUGACCAAAUACAUUGAAAGCGUAUGGGGAAUAACCGCACAAGGUAAGAGCAAGUUUCGACUCGAAAAGUCCAAUUCUCGUUAUCCGGACCUUGCUAUCUUGAAAGCUAUAGUUGUUUCCUUCUUCUAUAACCAGCAGUUCUUUCAGGCCAUGACUUACUUGAAUAGUUUCCAAGAGAUUUAUGGUAUAGAUUUGACCAUUAGUCCAGCGAGGAGCUUGUGGGAUCAGGUGUUCCGAUACGCCGAAGGUAUCACAUCGUAUGACGAAGAUAAAGCUCUCUCUGUCUUUUUGAAGCAGUCACGAAUCAACGUUGACACCAAGAGGAAAAAGGAGGACAAGCUUCGUCAAGUUCAGUCCAAUGUGAACUUUGACUACGAAGGGUACUUGACAUUUGUUAAAGAUUUGGAGCAAAAACGCACCGCUACCAUGUCCGAAUUAUGGCACUUAUAUCGCGACUCCAAUGGUUUUUUUUGCACUGGAGUUGUCAAGGCAUAUUUGUCAUUUCUUGAAGUUAAGCCGUCGAGUAUGGAUCAAUACUACGACUUGAUGACUUAUUUGGCAAAGUGCUAUCAUGAAUAUGCUGUGAGCAACCUGUCAUUUAACAGGCUUGAUCUCAUAACCAAUCGUAUCUAUGAUAACGAUGAAAGGGUCUAUGCGUUAUAUGAGCAAGCAUUAGCAAACGCUAUUGAGAUCAAGGGUAUUCUGGGUUAUAUAGGCCAAAUCGAACCCUUGAUUGAAGAAUGGAGUUUGGACAACGAAAUGGCACACAAGUUGCGAGCCAAAUUCAUGGAGAACCGUCCGAGAUACAGAUCUAUCUUGGAGGAAAAUAGAUUGCGGAAGGUGGAGGAGCAAGUAGAAGAUGAGGAGAAGUUACUAGACUUAUUCUAA